AUGUCCGGCCCAACAUUAAAAAGGUUAGGAGGCACUCCACCGGAAAAACCCUCCGCUACAAGGAGGCCUAAAGUGGAACCAGUUCUGUCAGCGAUUAUUGAACCCUCUGAUUUCUACAAAAUGGAGGACGAAAUAGCUCGUUCAACCACCCACGCAGAUUUGGAGAAGUCUUUUCUGCGUGAAUCAUCAGCACUAAGAGCAGUACUGCAAAAGCUUAUUGAUGGAAGUAAACAGUCGUGUUCUUCUGAGGUGCUCCUGAAUAUAGCUCGUAUGCGACGGUGUUCUCGUCUAGCUCAUUAUGCCACAGCGCAGCUAAGGACGGAAACAGCAUCGCGAUUAGAGCAGGUCGAAGCAAAAUAUUUACACCUACAGAACUCUUCAAGUGAAAUACAGCAUUUGCAAAAGGAGAUCAGUCGCUGCCUACAGUUUAGUGCUGGUGAUGAAGAUAUCGACCUAAUUCCUCUGGACGAGUUCUAUGCUUGCGCCCCGGAAAAUGUAUCUCGACCGGAAGUGACGAAAAAUAACAAACAUGAACAACGUUUGGCCAGGUUGACGUGGGAGAUUGCGCAACGAAAAGCUCUCUUGGAUACCUUAACUGAGCAAGAGGGCCGUCGAAAUGUGCUUAUUAGCAGUAUAAAUGGGAAAGAACAACGCUUGAAAAGUCUUCGUUCGAAAAUCUCUCAGCUGAUGACGGCUGCUAAACCAGUCCAAGAAGCGCUAGGAGUUGGUAAUGCCUCAGCGUCGUCUGCUGAACAACGUUCGCUGUUCUCUCUACUUCCACACGAUCUCUCCGUGCUAUAUGUGCAAGCUGAGGCCUACAGGGACAUUAUGGAAGAUACGAGCAUGCAAGUGGUGAUACGUGGAGAUGCUAAUGAAGCUCUACGACUCAGGCGCCAACGAAGAGAUGAAGCGGAAGAGAAGGAGAAGAGUGAUGAUGAUGAUGUUAGUGACAAUGAGGGACGUCAUAGUGUUGUAUCGGAUCGACUUGAGCUGAACAAGAAAACUGUAACCCAACCACAUCCCAUCUAUCUGAAAAUUGAUAUCGGCUGUCAAGAUGAUGUAAAAGUGGCGUUAAAAUUGUACUAUUUACCGGAAUUACGAGUAACUUGUAUGAAGUACAAAAUCACUGGUAAAUUGCCAACAUAUGGAGGUGUUUCCUCCCAUGAAAACUUACUUGAUGGCCUAUUUCCCGGAGAUGAUGGCAUGGAGUGCUCGAAUCCGAUUGGAGCAGCGAAAUUACAACAGUUGAAGAUAGGAGUGGACGCUUUUGCCAACAAAUACGGACGUCCGUACCGAUUUGUUCAAGCGAUCACCGGUUCAGCGUCACUAAUGCCCGGAGCCGCGCCACCCACAGAGGCGGAGACCAGCGGUGUGCAAUUAGCUGAUGUCCUACAUGAUGUGAUAAAAGCAAUUCGAGAUCGGGUCUCGUCAAGAGUGAAACUCGUACGACAACUACUUGCAUUAGAAUCUACACCAAUGGAUGCGUUAUGCAGUUUCAAUGUGCCGUUGAAAAUGAUGACUCAUGUCACCUCGUUCAAGAUGAUUGAUCAGGAGACUUUUAUGGCAUCUGUCACACAGGGCAUGCGAGCGCUGGCACAGCAAGAAGGCGGAGCCUUUUAUUUCUUGGCAGUGCUGGAGAAUAAAGGAGCUGAUCUGAAAAUAAACGGUCACAUAAUGUUACCGCCAGAUUAUCCAAAGCAAAUACCUCUUAUUGCUGUUUCGAUUACUAAAACGGGCGGAAAAGAGACGGGACCACAAACAUUCAAUGCCGCCAACAGUCACGUUGUUAAGGCGUUAGAAACGUACGUGAAUGUGAGCUGCGUAAACGAAUUGUUGACUGACAUGGAUUCGGUGUUGACACGACAAUUGGCAACUCUUGUCAGCAGAUGUGAUGUGAUCGCAGAUCUUGUCCCACAGUUCAGCAAUGGUAACACUCAUAAGCAACAUCUUUACAGCAGAUCGUCACGAGGACGAGACGACGACCUACCAUUCGCGUAUUCAUCAUCAACGAGUGCAUUUACAUACCAAUAA